CCUGGAAGUGUUGGAUGGUCGGUUCUCGACAUUUCUCACAGAUUCGUAAUCGCAGUUGCCUGCACAACAUGAUGUUUCCUGAUAAACGAGUGAUGGAGAUAGCUGUGUAUUUAAAUCCGGCGAUUUCCCAGUUUCAUGAGUCUCAUCUUCAGCAGAAAAUAGCACAGCUCCAACUUUGAGACAAAGAGUAUCGUCAUUUAUCAGCACUCCAACCUUCUUCAAGGCGUUAUCAGUCAGCGUAACAACACGCUCACCACGCUUAGUAUCAUCUCCUCUCUCCACAAAAAAUAAUACUUCCCACGCAUCAAUUUCAAGAUGAUAUCUCUGUUCCCUAGCUCGUUCUGUUCCCCCACCGCUGCCGACGUGAGCUUCACUCCACUCUUCCGCUUUCUCGACGACUUUGACACCUACUCCCGCGAAGCCCAGAGAUCUGAAACCGGCUCUGCUCCCCGCCGCCAUCAUCACCACAGGCAGCGCCGCUCCCAGCUCGCCACCUUCAACCCAAAGUUUGACGUCCGCGAGACGGGGGAGACAUACGAGCUGCACGGAGAGCUUCCAGGCCUAAACCGCGAGAAUGUGAACAUUGAGUUCACCGACGCCCAAACCAUUGUCAUUAGCGGCCGCGUCGAGCGCCGCUACGGUUCCGAGCCAAACACCACCACCCCCACCGCCACGAACAACAACAACAACAACAACAGCAUCGCCGAAGCCGGCGAGGCCGAGACGGAAAAGCCCCGGCGUAACUCUCACCAGGCCACAGUCGAAGACGACCCGGAGGACACACCCGCCUCAACCCCGGGCGUCAGCACUCCCGCGACUGAAGUCACCAAGCUUGCCACCGAGCCCGAGACAUCCCAGGCGGUGACGCAGACGCAGACGCAGACGCAGACGGAACCCCGGGACGAGCCCAAGCACUGGCACUGGGAGCGAUCGGUCGGCGAGUUCUCACGCGCUUUUACAUUCCAGGCGCGCGUGGAUCACGAUCGUGUCGCCGCUAGCUUGAACAAUGGCAUCUUGAGUGUGACGGUGCCGAAGUCGAGGAAGCCGGUUACGAGGAGGAUCGAGGUCAGCGCCUGAGGAUGAAUUGGCUGGUAACUUUUGGUACGGGGCCGGAUGGCCUCAGUCUGGAGGAUGGAACAUGGAUGGGUUUAUUGGUCAUUGGUAUUUGGGAUUCAUGUUGGCAAUGGUCGAUAGCAGCAUGUACUAGACUUUUCGGGUAGUUCCUCUAGACUGUCCUCGGCAGGCGGUACAACAUCAGGGCCUAUUUUUUCUGCUUUCCCGUCGUCCAUGGGGUUGGAGUCUCGUGGGAGUUGCCAAGGCAUGUCAGUCGACUCUGGCUGUGACGUAGAAAUGGGCCACCGUCAGCAGAGCUGACUUGCAUUUGUA